UCUGUCUUUGUAGCUUUCGGUCAUGGCGUAUAUUUCUCGCAACGUUUCGAACACUGAUCGAAGCCUCAAUAUUGGAACUUUCCUAAUGAACCUGGGCAAAUUUGCGCUUGAUUUGGCCAUUAACUUCUCCCUCAAAGGAUUCACUGGUGGGAAGAAACUGUACCAAACGAUUGUGCAGGAAAGGUUAAAAGAUGAGGGAAAGAGAUUGAAAUUGGAAGAUGUGAAAGUAAUAGAGGAGAAGAGACAAUCAACAAAAAUGGAAGACAAUAAACAACAAAGUAAGACAGUUACAGACAAAGGUGGUGGAGGAUCAGAUCCAUUGAAGAAGAUACCCCAAGGCUUAAAGGAAUGGAACUUGAGGAUUCUAAAAGGAAAACAAUUUUCCUUCGAACUCGCUUGUAAAAUCCUAUGAAAUAAAAG